UCUGUGGUCCUGCAGAGGCAGUUGGAUGGAUCAUCUCUCUCUCUCUCUCUCUCUCUCUCUCUCUCUCUCUCUCUCUCUCUCUCUCUCUCUCUCUCUCUCACUUUCUCGGUGUGGAUUUACCAGCAGCUGGGUGUCAGUAGGGCUGAAUGAGGAGGACUGUAGGGGUAUUGGACAGCACUGAAAGUGGACGGGACUGAAGGUGUGCUGGUGUAGUUUUGUAUCCUCACUGUUGGAGUGAUGGAGGGGUUGGUGAGGUCUGUGAUGUUGAGGCUGGUGAUCCUUCCUCUCCUCUUCUUCACCACCUUCAUCUCCGCUAUCUCUCCACCACAGCCCAGAGUCUUCCUCCCCUUUCAGGAGCUGCAGACGACGCAGGCGUUCGAGUUCUACACUCUGUCGGAGAAGGCGAUGGACUACAGGAUCCUUUUUAUGGAUGAGGAUCAGGACCGGAUGUACGUGGGCUGUAAAGAUCAUGUUCUCUCCAUGGAUAUCAAUAACAUCACGCAGGGAACCCUGAAGAUUUUCUGGCCAGCGUCCAACACUAAGAUUGAGGAGUGUCAGAUGGCGGGUAAAGAUCCCACACACGGCUGUGGAAACUUCCUGCGGGUGAUUCAGCCCUAUAACAGAACUCAUCUGUUCAUCUGUGGCAGCGGCGCCUACAGUCCAGUGUGUGCGUACAUUAACCGCGGCCGGAGACCCGAGGAGAAAGUGUUUAAUAUAGCCUCUCGGGGAGAGUCGGGGAAAGGGCGCUGCUCAUUUAGUCCACGGGUCAACACCGUCUCCAUCAUGCUCAAUCAGGAGCUGUUCUCUGGAAUGUACAUCGACUUUAUGGGGACGGACGCGGCUAUCUUUAGGAGUCUGACCAGCAGGAACGCAGUGAGGACCGACCAGCACAACUCCAAAUGGCUGAGCGAACCCGUUUUUAUUGAUGCCCACUUAAUCCCUGAUGGAUCGGAUCCGAACGAUGCCAAGCUCUACUUCUUCUUCCGAGAGAGACUGACGGAUAACAGUGGCAACACCAAGAACAUCCACACCAUGGUGGCAAGAGUGUGUCCGAAUGAUACAGGUGGUCAGCGCAGUCUGGUGAAUAAAUGGACCACGUUUCUGAAAGCCCGGAUGGUGUGUUCUGUUCUGGAAGAAGACGGCACUGAAACACACUUUGAUGAGCUUGAAAGUGUGUUUUUGCUGGAGACGGACAAUCCUAAGGGUCUCCUGCUGUUUGGAAUCUUCACCUCCACCAGCUCUGUGUUUAAGGGUUCGGCAGUGUGUGUGUACAACAUGGCCGACAUCCUGACGGUGUUUAAUGGGCCGUUUGCUCAUAGAGAGGGUCCAAAUUUCCAGUGGGUGGCAUUUCAGGGGCGCAUCCCGUACCCUCGCCCUGGAACGUGUCCGGGCGGGGCGUUCACUCCUCAUAUCCGCAGCACUAAGGAGUUUCCGGAUGAUGUGGUGACGUUUAUGCGGAAUCACCCGCUGAUGUUUAACCCGAUUUACCCGGUGGGCCGCAGACCCCUGCUGGUCAGAACUCACGCUGAGUAUAAAUACACCUCCAUCGUGGUGGAUCAGGUGACCGCGGCUGACGGGCUCUACCGGGUGCUCUUCCUCGGCACAGAUAAAGGCACAGUGCAGAAGGUGGUGGUUCUGCCCACUAACCGUUCACUGGGAGAUGACCUGAUACUGGAGGAACUGGAGGUGUUUAAGAACCAGGCCCCCAUCACCAACCUCAGGAUCUCCUCCAAGAAGCAACAGCUAUACGUCAGCUCGGAGUACGGCGUAUCCCAGGUGUCUUUGCAUCGCUGCAAUGCGUACGGCACAGCGUGUGCCGACUGCUGCCUGGCACGGGAUCCGUACUGCGCCUGGGACGGACUGAGCUGUUCCCGAUUCUACCCCACCGGAAAGAGGAGAAGCAGAAGACAGGACAUCAUGCACGGAAAUCCUCUCACACAGUGCCGGGGCUUCAAUCUUAAAGCCUACAGGAAUGCAGUGGAGAUGUUGCAGUACGGGAUCAGGAAUAACACCACGUUUCUGGAGUGUAUUCCCAAAUCACCCCAGGCCUCGGUCCGCUGGCUCAUCCAGAGAGACAACGACCGCAGGAAAGAGGUGAAGCUGAGUGACCGAGUGGUGGCGACUGACCACGGUCUGCUGAUCCGUUCGGUGCAGUCGUCUGAUCAGGGUCUGUAUUACUGUCUGGCCACGGAGAACGGCUUCAAGCGCACUUUAGCUAAAAUCCGUCUGCGCGUGCUGGGCGAGGCGGUGGUCAGCGCUCUCAGCGAUAAGCAGCGGUCAUCCUGGGGGUGGGGCCUGAGCCCCAAGGCCCUGGCGUCGGCCUUCAGCCCGGCGGAGACGCUGGCCAUGCAGCAGUACUGCAAAGAGCGCAAGCAGCUCCAGACCUUCCAGGGUCCACUGAGGGGCGACCUGGCCAAACUCAAACCCCUGCUGGAUCACAACAAGAGCCGGAACCGCCGGAACCACUGACCCCAGGAUAAGAGGAAUGGACUGGAGGAGACGAGGAGAUUUUUUUGGACAGAGCUAGAGAUGUGGACUGAGGAGAGGAACUGAGGAUGGGGAAAAAAGGAGAGGAAAGAAAAGGAGAGGAGAAGAAAAGGAAGGAGCGCUGUGGAUGGAGGAAAAGUAGGCAGGGCUUUAAAAGCAUAGUUUGGCCUAAACAAAAUCAAAUGUACACCGUUCUCAACAUUUACCGUAAAUCACAAAUCACCAAUAUUUACUUCUUCAGUUUUUUUAUAGCAAUGGAGCUGCAUGUAUAACACUGCUAAUGUAGCUAACAUGUAACUGAAGCUUAUGUACUCCAGUUAGCAUGAUGCUAACUGUACAUACAGGAAUGUGUCCUAAAUCAUCUUACAUACAUUCUUCUCAAACUGUGCGGAGACUUGCUUAUUUGAUAUCCAAAACAAUAUGACCCUAUUUUGUAUACAGUUACAUUAUGUAUAUAAUUUAAAGACACAUUUUAUGGACAAAUAUACUUUGAUCCAUAUAGUGUAUAAGCUAUUAUUUUAUGUGUUCAGCAAAGUUAAGAAUGUUAUUGUAUAAUUGUUUCUUCCAACAAGUCUUAUUUAAUCAGUUGAUACACUGGGUCAAUAGAAGUGGGAAUCCCUGGGCAAAAAUAUUAUCACAAUACAUUGCCCACGAUAACAAUAAGAUCACAUUACUGCGAUUCUGUGAUACUCAAUAUAUUAUAAGACAAUGCUCUACAAUACUCCAUGCCAUCUGUGUUACUGAAGAGGUUAAACUAAUUUUAAAUCAGUAAAUACCAGGAAUUAUGGAUUUAUUGGUGUCAGAUUCACAGAAUUUAACAACCAAUAUUCUUCACAGAAUUAACGCAGGGUUGCCCUAUUUGUUUGAUUGAUUAGCGCCACCAUGUGGAGUAAAUAAGCAGUAACUUUAGUAAGUGUAAUUGGGUCACGAGUCUAAGCAAUAUUUGAUGCCACAUAUCAAUAAUGUAUUGCAAAAA